CGCUCAACAAUCGUAUUUUGUUUCGUCGUGUUUUUGUCAUUAUCCGUAAAUGUCGCAAGAGUUCGUGUGUGCGGUUGGUGCUGUUAUCAAAAUAUUAACUUUAAUAAAAUGAUGUGUUGCUUGUAAAACCGAUCAGUUUAAUUUGCUUGAGAUUGAUGAACAGCCAAGACAGCGUUUGCUUGAAAAUGUGAUUUAUUUGUGAAUAGAAGGAGUGAAAUUCUGUGUUUGAAAAUCAAUUUGCACUACCUGACAAAAAUUGAAAAGAAAAACCAAAAUAAAUUUGUUUUUUCUUUAUUUCUUAAUACAAGCGCUCAUUUUCGACCGUAUUUUUGAGGGUAAUUCAGUGCAAUAAAACCGCACCGUAAAAAUGAAAGCCAUUGGACUAAACAAUGUUUCGAUUGUUGACGACCCGCCCAUUGCCCUGGAUAUUAUCAGAAAAAGAGCCUUGACGGAUAUACAAGAAGAGCCUUUGUAUAUCUGUGAUUUGACCGACAUCAUUAAGAAACACAGAAUUUGGACACAAUUUCUACCACGUGUUGUUCCCUUUUAUGCCGUCAAAUGUAACGACAGCCCCAUGGUUCUGAAAAUUCUUGCCUCGUUGGGUACGGGCUUCGACUGUGCUUCAAAAGGGGAAAUCAAUAAGGUACUUGAUCUUGGCGUCCCUCCUUCUCGCAUUAUCUUCGCAAAUCCAACAAAACCAAAGUCACAUUUAAGCUACGCUGAAUCAAGCAAUGUUGAAACGAUGACAUUUGAUAGUGAAAUUGAACUUUUCAAAAUAAAAAAACUUUUCCCUGAUGCUAAGCUCGUGCUACGUAUUCGUUGCGAUGCUAAAGUAGCUCAAUGUCCACUCGGUGAAAAGUUUGGCUGUGAUCCGGGCAUUGAAGCACCAGUUCUAAUUAAAUUGGCCUAUGACCUGGGCUUACAUGUGGUCGGCAUAUCGUUUCACGUUGGCUCCGGCUGCAUGGACUUACCAGUUUAUGCCAAGGCAGUAUACACUGCUCGCUGUUUAUUCGAUUACGCUGCUACGGUCGGAUACUAUUUUACGUUACUGGACAUUGGUGGCGGAUUUCCGGGCGAUAAAAACACCAGCUUGUACGAGCUGUCCAACAUAAUCAAUCCGUCGUUGGAUAAAUACUUUCCAAACAAUGAUGUGACCAUCAUUGCCGAACCGGGCCGAUUCUACGUUGCGUCCGCCUACACAUUGGCCUGUCGCAUUCACUCGAAACGUGAAGUGGUUCGCAAUGGAAAGGUCGAAAAUAUGAUGUACUUCAUCAACGACGGCGUAUACGGUUCGUUCAAUUGCAUUCUGUACGAUCACAAAGUGGUCCAACCGGUUCCGAUUGAGACGCACAAAGGUGAAGUGUUCAAGAGCAGCAUCUGGGGACCCACUUGCGAUGCCUUGGAUCAGGUCUGCGAGAGUGUCUUCCUUCCGGAAAUGCAAAUCGACGACGUUAUAAUGUUUGAGAAUAUGGGCGCGUAUACAGUACCCAUAGCCAGUCCGUUCAAUGGUUUUCCAUUGCCUACGAUCGAAUAUUAUUUGGAAAAAUCUUAUCUGAACGAUUUAAUGAUUACGCUGGAGGACAUCGAUGGUUCAAUUGAAUCGGAGUAGGUGGCAGCAGUGUAUAUAUCCUUUCGACACGUAUUAAUCGGGAUGCAUUUCAUUGGCGGUUAUGUGUAAUCGUU